CAACUCCCUCACCUAUAACCACUUGCCAACCCCAUUUUUUCCUUUUUAAUUUAAUUUAAUUUAAUUUUCCUUUACAAUUGUGCGGCCCCUGAUUGCAGAUUCCGCCGCCCCCCAAUUCCAAAUACAUCUCAAAAACCUGCAACCAUACAUCGAAGACGAAGGAUUUGCGAUUUCUCUCUGAAUCGUUGAGAAAUGGCUGGCACGUGCACCACUGGCGGCGGCGGCAGUGCUGGUGGAGGAGCCCGAGAGAUCAUGCUGUUUGGUGUCAGAGUGGUGGUUGAUUCCUUGAGGAAGAGCGUCAGUUUGAACAACUUAUCGCAGUAUGAGCAGCCUCAAGAGUUGAAUAAAUCUAACACUAAUAAGGAUGGAACCAAUAAUACUAGCAAGGAGGAUGUGGCCACUGCUACUGCUGCUGGUUAUGCAUCUGCAGACGACGCCGUUCCUCACUCCUCUAAUAGUCGCGGCGAGCGCAAGCGAGGAGUUCCGUGGACAGAGGACGAGCACAAGCUGUUCCUUUUAGGAUUGCAGAAGGUAGGGAAAGGAGAUUGGAGGGGAAUCUCUCGCAAUUUUGUCAAGACUCGAACUCCAACGCAGGUUGCAAGCCACGCCCAAAAGUAUUUUCUUCGCCGGAGCAAUCUCAAUCGCCGCCGACGCCGUUCUAGCCUUUUUGAUAUUACCACUGAAACGGUCUCAGCACUUCCAAUGGAGGAAGCGCUAGCUCAUUGCCAAGACAACAAGAACAACAUGCCUCAGUCGCAUCAAUUGCCACCUCCAUUACCUGAAAACAACAAUAUCGGCAACUGCCCUGUGAUGCCGGCUUUCCCUAUGACCACCAAUCCUGUUGUAUUGCCUGUCCCAAUUGAGAGUCCAGCUGAAAACUUGUCACUGGGACAAGGCAAUCCUGCCGCAAACCCCUCAGCAAAUCUCGUCCGACCAAUUCCUGUCCUCCCAACCCCUCAUGCUUCUGGAGUAUCUGACCUUUACUUAAAUUUGAAGUCAUCUGUUGACUCAUCGCCAUUGUCACUUAAACUCUCUUUGCCGUCCUAUCAGAGAGAAUCUGUGGACCCAUCAUCAAGGCAUUCGGUUCUUCAGGUGAUGUCGAGCUUCAACAAUGGAGAUGGCAUCAUCAGCGUUGCUUGAAGAAGGAUAAGAAGUUUGAAAGGAGGAGGUGCAUAAUUAGAUGGGUAUGGGUUAGAGAUGAUAAAAAGUAAAUUAGAUGACUGGAAAAUUAAAUCCUUUCUUUGAUGUACAGACCAGAAAAGGAAUUGUCAUCGCAUUUGUUGUUGGUUUAUGGUUAGGUUCUUGUUCUUUUGUUUGUAGUUUGAUAUGACUGGAAGAAAUAAGCCGUAGUAGUGUGUUCAUUACUGCUGGAUUUUGUUCUUUAACUUGGAAUGAUUUUCAUUACUUGGAAAAAUAUCAGCUGGGUUUUGUGGCAGAGGCAUUUUUCAUUAAUGAAUGGACAAAAAUUCUCAGGGAUUGAUUAA